AUCUCAAAAUCAUCAUCAUCAUUAAAAUUGUCAUCGAUUUUUCAGAAAAUUUUUUAUUAUUGUUGUUGUUGUUGUAUGAUUGGAUAGAGGUAAAACCAUAAGAAACACUAAAAAAUUUUCUAUCAAAAUCCAUCAUCAACAACAACAAAAACAAAAUCUCAACGCCGAUAACAACAGAAAACACACACACACGUGUAAAUACAAUAAACGGCCAUGUCGGCCGACGAUGAACGGAUACAAAUCAGCGAUGAAUUGGUUAAUCGUUUGAAAAAUUAUAUGAAUGAUCCAAUGUAUAAAGAAGCUGUGGAAAAUUCAUCAACAUACAAUGAACGAUUGGUGAAAGAAAGAAAAUUACGUUUGCCAUUUAUCGACGCUCAAACUGGUGUUGCUCAGAGUGACUGUUAUAUAUGGUCCUCGAAACUGGAUCGUAUGCCAGGCUAUCAUUCAGCCCAAUUAUAUUCAUAUCCGGCACGAAGAUGGCGAAAGAAACGUAGACAAUAUUUAUUGAAUGAUAAUUAUCCAACAACAAAUACGAUUAAAGAACAUUCGGAAACAAAUUCAAAUGAUGCAGCUAUUGCUGCGGCAAUGGCUGGCCAAAUUGGUCCAAACGGUGUUGGUGUUUCAAAUCCAGAUGUUUCAACAAUUAAUAUGAAUGCAACGAAUUAUACAAAUAAUAAUACAAAUACAAAUAUUGUACAAAAUGGCAAUUGUCUAUCAAUAAGCAACAAUACAAAUUCCAAUUCUGCCUUGAAUGAUAUGUUUGAUGAUUCAAAAGAUUCAUGGCUACGUUAUGAUGAUGAUGGUAGUGAUCUGCCUGAUGCAGGUGAAUUAGAUGAUCCAGAAUCUGAUUAUGAGGAUUAUGAAGAAUAUAGUUCAAGGAAAAAGAAAUCAAAACGUAAAGAAACGACAACAACAACAUCAUCAUCAUCAUCAACAACAACGACACCAACAUUGAAAAAGAAACGUUCCGAAUAUACGGAUUCAGAAAAACCGUAUCAAUGUGAAUUGUGUGGUGCACGUUAUAAAACACGUCCAGGAUUAUCCUAUCAUUAUUCACAUAGUCAUCAUGAGAAUAAUAAUACAACUAAUAAUUCUAAUAAUUCUAAUUCUAAUAAUAAUAAUAGUAAUGGUGCAUUAUCAUCAUCCGGUAAUGGUUCAUUGAUAGCUGAUGAGGAUUCCAAUUUUUUUGGAUCAUCAACAUCGACAACAACCAUACCGAAUGCAAAAUCAAAUAUGCAACCACAAAAUCAGCAAAUAAUAGCUGGAAAUCAUCAUCAUCAACCUCAUCUUCAUCAUCAUCAUCCACAUUUACAUCAUAGUAUUCAGUCUUCAAAUACUAAUCAUUCAACAUCCAGUCAUCAUCAUCAUCCUCAUUCUCAUUUACAUCAUUCAUUGAAUUCACAAUCACCAAUACCGAUGAUUGGAACGAAUCAUUUGCCAAAUAAUUCAUCAUCGACGUCAUCAUCACCAUCGGUAUCGGCAACACGUGGACAAAUCAAUCAAUCAUCGGAUGAUAAUCUAAAAGAUAGAAAAGAUAAUAAUAAACAAAAAUCAACGACAUCAUCACCAUCAAAAAGAGCAUCACCAUCAAAUUAUUGUGAUUUUUGUUUGGGCGAUUCGAAUGAAAAUAAAAAAACACAAGAAGCAGAAGAUCUUGUAUCAUGUUCGGAUUGUGGACGAUCAGCACAUCCAUCUUGUUUACAAUUUACACCAACAAUGAUAUUAUCAGUGAAAAAAUAUCGUUGGCAAUGUAUUGAAUGUAAAUCCUGUGGUAUUUGUGGUACAUCCGAUAAUGAUGAUCAAUUACUUUUCUGCGAUGAUUGUGAUCGUGGUUAUCAUAUGUAUUGCCUAAAACCACCAUUAACUGAACCACCGGAAGGUUCAUGGAGUUGCCAAAUUUGUAUAGAAGAAUAUCAUAUGCCUAAAUCGACAACGGCAACAUCAUUAUUAUCUUCGACAACAACAACGAAGACGAAUAUCCCAUCAUCAACGACAUCAGCAGCAGCAGCAGUAGCAUCAUCAACAACAACAACAACAUUGCCGACAAUAAACGCCACUAAUAAAGUUGAAAUCAAAUAAAAACGAAUGACAACAAUUAAACACAAACAGACUAUUGUUAUUCAAUUCAACUACAUCAAAAAUAAUCUUAUUGAUUGA